GAAUGGUUGCGUUGUCGGGGCGGAACCUUUAGGAGCAAGUACUGGAGCGAUACGGACUGUUUAGGUAGACGCACCGCUGCUCUUUUAAGAGUUUGAACAGUUUAUGAUGGCUCAAGCAGACAGCAGGGCUCUGGCUUUGGGAGUUCUGGCAGGGGCAGCAGGGAUCAGUCUGGCGAUUGUCUGCUUCCGCAAAAUAGGAGCCGGCGGUGGCAGAGUCCUGCACCUGAGCAGCAACGCAGAUCACACGGCAGGCAGCCUGGUUUUGCAGACAGGCCAGGCGGAGGUGCUGGAUCGGCUGGGAGCUCUGAUCCAUUGCGUGUCUGAGCUCAAAGAGGAGGUAAAAGCCUUGAAGGAUGCCCUUCCGCACCUGCAAGACAAUGUAAGAGAUCAGCUGAGGGGCCGGAGCGGGGACGACAUCGCUGCUCGCCGAGCAAGUCCUCUUCAUCGAACUCCCACCAGAAGAAAAAGAGCAGGUGUCUCCGCUAGAAGUGAAGGACACAGCUCAGAAGAGGCAGAGAGUGAAGGAGGGUAUAUAACAGCUCUGACAGAUUCUGAGGAAGAUGAAAGUGACGAUGACCGAAAGCCACUGCAGGAACCUGUGGAUGAGCUCACGGCUCUGCUGCGGAAAGCAGAUGGGCUGCACAGCUGUAACGGGGCAGAGAAAGCACAAGGCCUGAAUGCUCUGCUGGAGAGGAAAGCAGAGUUUGAUCAGAAGUAUCAGUACCUUUGGCGGUUGUCCAGAGCCUAUGCAGAUGCACAUGAUUUUGCUGCAGACCUUGCAGAGAAGAAGAGCUGUGCUGAGAACGGAAAAAAAGUUGGUGAAGAGGCAAUUUCCAUCAAUCCACAGUGUGCUGAAGGUCAUCAGUGGUAUGCUAUACUCUGUGGGCUCCUGUCAGAAUAUGAAUCUAUUCAGAACAAAAUAAAAAAUGGUUAUCUUUUCAAGGAUCAUCUGGAUAAAGCAAUUGAGUUGAAACCUGAAGAUCCCCUGUCGUAUUAUUUGCUGGGCCGCUGGUGCUAUGCUGUGUCACAAUGCACAUGGAUAGAGAGGAAAAUCGCUGCUACUUUGUUUGGAGAGCCACCCAGUGCCACAGUCCAGGACGCCCUGCAGAACUUUCUCAAGGCAGAAGAGAUCAGUCCCAAGUAUUCAAAAUUCAACUAUGUGUUUUUAGCCAAGUGUUACAAAGACUUGGGUCAGAGGAGUCAAGCCCAGCAGAUGUGUGACGUUGCCUCUGCAAUGAACAUUCAGACUAAAGAGGACGAAGAAGCACAGAAGGAACUGGACUCUCUUGUUGCAUCACUUUAACAAGUCUCCAGCAAAAGCCCUCUGUCUUUGGUUUCCGUCUCUUUGAACUCGACUGUGACUGGACUGUAGCUGUUUAGCCACAAACCAACAUAUGAACUACUAAUGUGGUCCAGGCCUUGUUAUUCAUCUAUUAAAGGGAAGACCAGCAGCAAUAUUUGUUUAUUUUUAGUUUAUGCACAAAAUACUGUACUGUAGGACAGUUUCUUAAUUCUUUUUUUUCCUUUCAAAACAUUUUAGACAUAAUAGUAGCUAUACGCAGCAUUGAAUUAAUUGCACUCAGAAAUCUACCCGUCCUGGGGUCAUCCAAGAUGCACAUGAGUUUGUUUCUUCAUUUAAAAACCGAUUUGGUUGAAUGGUGCAUUACAUCACAUGCUCACCAAUGGAUCCUCUGAAGUGAAUGGGUGCCGUCAGAAUGAGAGUCCAAACAGCUGAUGAAAACAUCACAAUACCGCAAAAGCAAACGGCACUGUUCCAGUCACAUUGCCGGUCAAAAGCUGCAAGUUUGAAAGAAACAAACCCAUAGUAUCACUUUAACAUUUUGUCCAUCAUUCAACCAUAUGUUUUUUAGAGUGUUGUUUGCUUGAAAUCUAUGCAUAUUUCUCUCCUGAUUCAGAUGAGAUUACUUUUUUAUUAGAAAGAGCAAUAUUACGAAUCGAGGACUAUUAUUUUAGCUAUAAAUGAAAGUUAAAAAGUCUUGAAGAAACCUCUUGAUGGAUUUGCUGCUUCACGAGACGUUUUUAUCAGCUGUUUGAAAUGGCGGUACCCAUUCACUGCAAUGAAUCCAUUGGUGAGCAAUGGAUAACCCGAGGAUGAGUAAUUCUGACUAUCAGCUUGAAGGCUGGUGCAAUUUUAAUUAAUUCUGACCAAUACUGAAACAGAUCUGUGUGGUUGGCGUUAAAGGCAUGCUAAUUAGAAUUUCUGUGUUUUUGUUAAUCCAAAAUUAUGAAUUAUUAUUUCAUAGACAUAUCCUACAAAACAGCAUGAUUAUAUAGUUCUAUUUAUGGAUAUCUAGUUUACCUCAUGAUAAACGUCCGAAACAAACCUUCGGAAGAACUUCGACACAUUUAAUGGUUAGUCCUUCCAGAAAAGCUGCUGAUAAGAGAUUGCUAAAUUUUUAAUCCAUCAAAAAUGUUAAACCUUUCACGGCACAAUCCUCCCUUUUGAAAGGCAGCCUUUUGCAGUUUUUUUUAUUAAGAACACCUGAACAACUCUGUCUGUAUUUAAUCUUGUUAUUCAGAUUCUCUCUGUGAAACCUGUUUUUGGUUUUUUUUUUGUAACUCAAAUGACUUGUAUAGAUUUUAAUCCCUAGACAUUAUUUUUUUGACCAAAGAUGAUUUCUAAAUCCCAAGAGAAAUUAUGGGGACCAUGUAAGUCUAAUGUAAUUUUUCCCUCAAAUUGUUUUAAUACCAUUUGUUGGUACCCAGCAUUAUGAAUGUAAGCAUUUUUAUGUUGAAAUGAUCUGUAUGGUACAUUUUAGAUUAUUGGUGAUUUAUUAUUGAGAUGUAAUGGUGCAUAUGAAGAUCCUCUUCUCUGCUGCUCACUACAAUAUACAAUAAGGUGAAUUCA